AUGAAAGCUGUCCAGGGCGGAGAAGAUAAUUUCACUUACUGUCCAGCAACAGGCCUAGCUAAAGGAAAUGAGCGCUCGGAAUUUGCUGGCUGGGCAUUUCCAUUUCCAGGGGUGUUUCUGACAGAGGAGUUCAUUAGCGAAGAUGAAGAAUCCGAGAUAGUUGAACUGAUGGAUCGAGAUGACUGGAAACCGUCACAGUCUGGCCGAAAGAAACAGGACUAUGGACCCAAAGUGAACUUCAAGAAACAAAGGCUGAAAGCUGGCAGCUUUACCGGUUUGCCAAGUUUUAGUAAAAAGAUUGUGGCACAAAUGAAGGCCUGCUCGGUACUAGGCGGUUUCUUACCUGUUGAACAGUGUAAUUUGGACUACGUGCCAGACAGAGGUUCGGCCAUCGACCCACAUUUUGAUGACUGGUGGCUUUGGGGAGAGCGUCUGGUUAGCUUAAACUUGCUCUCGAAAACCGUGCUGUCCAUGUCUUGUGAUUCAGAGGACAGUAUCCAAUUAUUUCCCACUUUCAAGGGAGUCAACUGCAUUUUAUCCCCAAGGCUUGUUCCAAGUAAAGAGGUGACUGUUGCCAUUCACUUACCCCGAAGGUCUCUGGUGGUGCUGUACGGUGACGCGCGGUACAAGUGGAAACACGCGAUCUACCGCAAGCAUAUAGAGCAUCGCCGAAUCUGUGUCACGUUCAGGGAGCUGUCGGCAGAGUUCAGCGCCGGAGGAAGGCACGAGGAACUGGGUAAAGAACUGCUAGAAAUAGCUCUUUCAUUUCAAGGAAGACCAGUGUGA